UCGCCCUUAAUCGAAUCACCUCCGGAUCUUCAUCAGGUACAUCGAAAAUCCCUCUACUUCUUUUCUUCAGACUCCCCUCAUUUUUAAUCUUAAAAUUAGGGUUUCUUCAGAAUCAUUCGCUCUCAAACCCUUAAACCCUUAUUUCAUUUCAUUUCAUUUUCUACUUUCUAUUAGCUAGAUCUGAAAACAUUCACAAUUAUUUUCCCUUAAAAACCCCCUAAUCUUCAUGAAGACAUCCAGAUCUAAUCUUUCUCAAUUGAAAUUCUGAAAACAAAAUUGAUAUUUCAAUUUAGGGAAAAACCAAUCAAAUAAUGGUAGCUUACAUUACAGACACAGAAGGAAGCUGUAGUAGUAAUAGUGUAAGUCAAGCUGAUAGAAACCAAGCGUGGUAUUUGUUUCGAGCGUUACUGUAUCUGCGGGGUCCGUGUCGUCUUUCAGAACUCGCCGAGAAGUGUAAUUUGUCGACUGACUUUGUUAGGUGUUUGUGUUCACUUCCUGAUUCGCCUAUACUGUUGAGUAAAGAUUUGUAUGUAACUAUUAGUUUACCUGCGUAUUUUUCUGUAUUUCCAUUGAGUUCUGCCAUGAGAGUUACACUUACUAGGGAGUCAUCAAAGGGAAAUAUUGGUGAUGUUAGGAUGUAUUAUUACAGGAAGAGAAAGCAACAGAAACUGGAUACUUUUUCUUCGACUUCUUUGAAAAGAAGAAGAUUAAUUUCAGCUCCAGAACCUGAUGAUGAUACUGCUGCUUUAUUAGCAUUAGCAGAUAGCAUCCUCAGCGUUACAUCAACUAAGGAUUAUGUUGAUUUUGCUGAUAAGUUAAUGAGGAACGUGAGUUUUCUAAAAGAUGGCUUGUCCUUUAUGCCACAUGAUUGUGGGAUUUUAACCCAAGAAAGAGCACUGCUUCCAUUGCUUCUCGGUCCUAAUGUCAACGGUUCAUGUAAAGAAUUGAUUGAAAUUGAACGUGAUGUUAAAAAUGAUGCUGAGGCAACCACAAAUGGGCAAAUGGAGUUGGUAGAAUAUGCAUAUGGACCGAAACCAUUGCGCAUUAUGCCAAAUUGUGUAAUAGAUCUGAACAUUCCUCUAGCUGCAGUAGAGGAAACUAAGGUACUUGAUGAGGAACCAACUCUUCUUUUAACUACAACUGAGGGUGAGCAAACUCUUGUAGACCAGAUGGAUUGUGGAGAAACCAUAGCAUGUAUUGCAUCUUCUUGUCUGGAAGGAGGUAACCAGGGUAGUAGUUCGCCAGGCGAGGUUGUCCCUGAUAGUGAUGAUUUUGAAGCUUCGAGAAGUAGAAUACCAAGAAUUGAGGGAAAAGAUGGUUGCAAGGAACGGCAAAUUCAAAAAUACGAGGGGAAGUAUAGUUGUGACACAGGUGAAGAUUUGAGGGUUGAGGAGAAGGAUAGAUGCAACAAACGACAAAUUCUAAGAAUUGAGGGAAAGAAUAGUUUCAAGGAAGGACGUAUUUUAAGAAAUGAGGAAAAGGAUAGUUGCAAGGAAGGACAAACUCAAGCAAAUUGUGGAACAAAUGAAGAAGGUAGAGGAGUGGCCUUACUUCUUGAUCAGGCAACAAUAUUGCAGGAGGAUCUGAAAGGUGUUUUGGGAUCUACGGAAAUAGCGAACCACAAAGAAAUGGUGACAUCUUUGGACAGAGAGAAGACAAUUGGCAUAGUGGAAAGCCAGCUUGUUCUACCUUCAGCUGAGAUCUAUACUGUCAAGAUGCAGUCGACAAGGUUUCCCACUAAAGUGAAAAGCAUGGGCAGGGAUAAAGCUCCAGGAGUGGGGGUUCUAUCUGACUCGCAAAAUUGCAAUAAGGCUGGGAAAUCUCUUAAACAACAGGAGCAAUCUAAAAGAGAUCAGCAGGUUAUGCCCACAAAGCAUAAGUUAAAGCAGAGUCGUAAUGUUGACAUAAGUAUCGAUUCCACCUCUCUUGCUCCUAAGAAUCAAUCAGAGACUAGGGAACUGCCAAACUUUGAAUCUUUCAUCGUAGAGGAGGAAGAAGGUUCAGGUGGUUAUGGGACUGUCUACAGGGCACGUCGAAAGAGCGAUGGGAAGACAUUUGCUAUAAAAUGUCCUCACGAGAAGGCUCAUGCACACCAUAUGUACAAUGAGCUAAAGAUGCUGGAGCGAUUUGGAGGUAAGAAUUUCGUCAUAAAAUAUGAGAGCUCUUUCAAAAGCGGCAACUCUGAGUGCUUUGUUUUAGAGCAUGUUGAUCACGACCGACCAGAGGUGUUGAAGAAAGAGAUAGAUAUGUACGAGCUCCAGUGGUAUGGUUAUUGUAUGUUUAGAGCUCUUGCUAGUUUGCACAAGCAGUGUGUUGUGCAUAGAGAUGUAAAACCCGGGAACUUUCUCUUUUCCCGUAAGCUUAUAAAAGGUUACCUCAUUGACUUUAAUCUUGCAAUGGAUUUACAACAGAAAUACAAUGCCACUGGCAAGUCAAAGAAGAGUUCUAGUGUGAACUUUGGUCAUGUUCCACUUCCCAGUAUCAAUUCUGCUCCACCUGGCAUAACUGGGAAAGUUACAAGUAAUCAAGUAACAGCAAAGGUCUCAAAACCAUCUGUUGAGCCAAAGAGCAUUAGGAAGAGAGGAUCUGAUCUGGGUCCUUCAAAGGCUUACCUGGAUUUGGGUACCAGACAAAAAUUAAAAACCCAAGUUGCAGAUGUUUCAGGCAUAACCUCAGCAAAUGCAACAAGCACAAGAACCCCUUCAGGGGAGCAGCAGAGAGAACCCAUGCCGAUGACAACAAGGAAGGAACUGCAACGCUUAGUGGAGGCUAUUCAAAGUCCAAAUGAUCCCAAUCAAAAGAGAAUAAAUCUUCCUUCUUCUCAGAGGAAAAGAGUUGCUGCUCCUUAUGGGAAAGUUGACAGAAAGCUUUUUUACUUGACUCCAAUGCCUGUGCACUCUGCUAGCUAUGCUUUUGUUGGUUCCGGAUUGCUUAAUAACAAAGGCGAUGGAAAGCAGAAAAGAGAAGGUCCUUGCGUCGGAACCAAAGGGUUUCGGGCACCAGAGGUUUUGUUGAAGUCUCCACAUCAAGGUCCUAAAGUUGAUGUUUGGUCUGCUGGGGUUACUCUUCUUUACCUGAUGAUAGGAAGAUCACCUUUUGGUGGCGAUCCUGAACAGAAUAUGAAAGAUAUUGCGAAGAUAAGAGGUAGCGAAGAUCUGUGGGAAGUAGCCAAAUUACACAACCGCGAAUCUUCAUUCCCUGUGGAAUUGUUGGAUUUGGAGUCCUUGCAAUCAGUGAAACUACAAGAAUGGUGUAAGAUUAACACCAAGAGACCCGAGCUCAUCGACAAAAUCCCGAGAUCGCUCUUUGAUUUGAUAGAUAGGUGCUUGACAGUGAACCCAAGGUUGAGAAUCAGUGCAGAGGAUGCUCUUAACCAUGAAUUCUUCGCAGAAUGCCAUGACAGCCUCAGGAGGCAAAGACUAAGACGUAACUCUGGCAGUGCCAAUCAUUCACAAGAACAGCCAUGAUUAGGGCUGUGAUGCCCAUCUGAGUUUACAAUUCGAACCAACACAUACCAGUCCAUAGUUUUUGUAACUGGAAAUGCAAAUUUCCUAUACCUAAUGUUGUAAAGUACAGUUUCUAAUUAGAUGUUCUUCAAUUUUCUCCAUUAAUUCAUGUACUAUAUAAUUUUGUACCAA